UGGCCAAUUGGAAGCUCCAUGACUCAGUUCGAUGUCAAAGUGUGGAAUAUCCUCCGCGCCUUGGAAGUGGAUUGUGGGCGACGAUGUGGAGGAAGCGUUGGUAAGAAGCAAAUUUUUGGCUAUCUGUUGUUACAGUACUUGAAGAAUUCCAGGUUGGAGAAGAUUUUGCCUGCCUAAGCCUGUUUGGGGACCGCCUUCCAUCAACCACACCAACCACCCUUGUCGACCUCCAAUCUUCAUGGUACAUGUUUCAUAUUGUAUGGCGACGGCGACAACCGUGUUUCGCAUUUGCAAGAGUGGGAGUGAUAAGAUAACCCCCAUUACUGUAUCUUCAUGUCUCAUUAUCUGGCGCUAAGGGAAUCAUGAACUUUGCUCCUCCUCGUCUGAGCAGGCUAGGCAGGUCAAUGGCGCAGUCAUGGCCAACAAAGAUGAUACUCUAUGAUCCAAAACCUCCAAAAUGAUGGAUAGAUCCGGAUAUCAUGCUCUGAGGGGCAACGAGGAUGAUGACACCUUCCUCAAAGACCCGAACAAGGUCUCAGAUCGUCCACAUCUGCAUUCACGAGUGCUUCACGACACGUCGUCAGCUAGUCGAGACCUACGAAAGGACGACACUGAAGUGGUAGAUGCUGACAUAGAUGAUGAAAUUGACACGCUAGAAAGUGUUGACUCGACAUUUCAAUUCUCCUCAAUCAUGACUAUGCUUUGGUCUAGUACGGCACUGAUUUCUGAUGGUUACAACAUGGCUAUCAUCGGGAAUGUAACAUUGUUCCUGGAGAAAGCCACAAGCGUUGAUAUGUUGACAGAGAUGCGCGGCCAGAUCUCGAACUCCUUUCUUGUCGGUCAAAUUAUCGGCCUACUAGGCUUCGGUAUACUCAUUGAUAAAAUGGGACGAAACGUUGGUGCUUUAUUCACGACUUUGAUCCUCAUUGUUGGCAUUGCCAUCUCAACGGCGGCCUACGGUACCACCCCACUCGGACUGGUCUGGAUAUUGAUCGUUGGACGUGGCAUUGCUGGUGUGGGUGCUGGUGGGGAAUAUCCCGUGUGUACAACCACAGCCGCAGAAGCUGCAGAUGACCAGCACGCAACCGCCCCAUGGCGAGGAUUUAUCACUGCUGCCUCAACUAUUCUUUCGAUAGACCUCGGUUUCGUUCUGGCCAGUCUCAUCCCAAUGGUCCUGCUCCUCUUCUCCGAUGGCAAACACUAUGAGCUCAUCUGGCGAUUGUCUAUUGGACUUGGUGCUAUCUUGCCACUGUCAAUUCUUUACUAUCGGAUCUUGGCGAGGACCUCUAGCACAUACGAGCAGUAUGGCCAGUCCACGAUAUCUCUACCCUACAAGCUCAUCUUCUCGAAAUACUGGAUGACUUUCAUCGGUACAGCAGGGACUUGGAGUAUGUACAAUCUGGUAGCUGUUCCAUUCGCGAUCUUUGCCAGUAUCAUUGCUUCUCAGCUAAAUCCUGACGGUAGCCUCGUCAAAGAUUUCGGAUACUCCACUCUAAUCCAGACUUUCUGCCUUCCAGGUGGUCUAGUUGGUGGUUGGUGUGCCGAUCGAUUCGGCCGAAAAAGAACACUUGUCGUAGGAUUUGCUUUGCAAGCCUGUCUGGGGUUCGUAAUCGGAGGAACCAUACGGCAGAUUCAGACUAUGCCUAGCCUCUUCCUCAUUUUGUAUGGGAUUUUCCUCUUCCUCGGAGAGGCUGGACCUGGAAGCACGGUCUUCGUAAUUUCGGCCGAGGCGUAUCCCACUGUCAUCCGCGGGGUCAUGAUUGGACUCUCUGCAGCCGUUGCAAAGACGGCGGCAGCCACUUCUACGCAGGUCUUCAAUCCUAUUCUUACUUACUGGGAAGGCGACUAUGUGAAAGCGCAGCAAGUUGUCUUUCUCGUUGGCAGCAUAUUCUGCGUCUUCGGUGCCAUUCUAGCACGAAUCUUUGUUGAAGAGAUUCCACUAGGUACAGAUCUGAGUCGUGCAGAGGAGAUUUAUGAGUCUUUUCAACGUGAAGGCGCAGAAGCUAGGAUAUUGAAAUAAUGAUUUCAGGUGUAGAGUAAUUGAAAAGUCGGAGUUUCCGUUAAGCCACCACGUCAUGACCAUUGGAAGUAGCUAGAUGAUGUAACGAAGCGUGUAGCUAAGUCCUAUAGAGAUUACGAGACGAAACUAAAG